AUGACCAUGCCCAUCUUGACCGCACGCGGCGAAGCCGACUUCGAUCUCUACCCGUACACUCCAUCCGCCUCCGCAGGCUAUGCAUUCGUCGCCCUCUUCAGCCUCGGAGGCCUUGUGCAUCUCUGCAUGCUCAUUCCCCUCCGCGCAUGGUUCUUCAUCCCCUUCAUGCUCGGCUGCGCAGGCGAAGCAGCAGGCUACUACGGCCGCGCGUGGUCCCAUUCCAACAUCCGCAGCGGCAGCCCAUACCUCCUCCAACUCAUGCUGAUCUUAGCCUCCGCCCCCCUCCUCGCAGCCUCUAUCUACAUGAUACUCGGGCGCCUCAUCCGCGCGCUGGAUGCUACGCACCAUGCGGUCCUGUCACCGCGCUGGACAACGAAGAUCUACGUCCUCAUCGACAUCGGCAGCUUCGUGACGCAGCUGAUGGGCACGGCGAUGCAGGCGAGCGGCGAUGCAGCGGGUGCGAAGACGGGGAAUACUAUUGUGGUCGCCGGGUUGGGCGUGCAGCUUGUUGCGUUUUCGGUGUUCAUCCUCAGCGUGGCCGUGUUCCAUCGGAGGCUAGUGCUGGAGCCUACAGAAAUUUCGAUGGAGCAUAAGAGCUGGGCGAGGUACAUGUGGAUGUUGUAUGCGGUGAGCGGGCUGAUUGUUGUGCGGAGUAUAUUCCGGUUGGCGGAAUUUCUCGAGGGGGCGGAAGGGAAGCUGUAUACGACGGAGGUGUUCCUGUAUGUGUUCGAUGCGAGCUUGAUGUUUGCGGUUGUGGUGAUCAGCGCGGCUGUUCACCCGGGGAUGCUGUUGAGGGCGACUAGGAAGAGGGAGAGGGAUAUUCCGCUGCUUUAG